UCAAGUAACACGUCGAAAAUAUUAGGAAUAAUACCAUAUAUAGAUCCAAAAAGUUUCAAGAAUUAUAAUCAAAGCCAAAAAUUUAAAUUAAAUAUGAAAUCCGAUGUGUACAGCGUUGGAGUUUUGCUAUGGCAAAUUUCGAGUGGGCAUAGACCUUUCGAAAAUGUUGACUAUGAUAUGACAUUAUUCUCGAAUAUAUCGAAAGGGUGUAGAGAGAAAAUUAUUAAUGGCACUCCUAUGGAGUAUUGUAACUUAUAUCAAGAAUGCUGGAAAUAUAAAUCAAAGGAACGUCCAGAUAUGCAAAAGGUUGUUUCUGUUCUUGACAAGAUAGAAAAAAACAUGUCUCUAAAAAGCAAUGGAAUUAAUACAAUAGAGAGGUAUAGACCAAAUUCAGAGUUAGGCGAGACAAAUACAAAAGAUUCAGACACAUUUUUCAAAAGGUUCAUCCGAUUCAAUAUUCAAUAA